AUGGGUGUCACCGACAGAAUCAUUCAGAUUGGAGGCCAGAUCUCUGGCAACCCGACCGCUGGCGGUCGCGAGAAGAUCCUCCAGAAGAACCCCGACGAUAUCGUUGUCACCGCCGCCUGCCGAAGCGCAUUCACCAAGGGAGGCCGCGGCGGUUUCAAGGACACCCCCGCUGCUGAUCUCAUGGCUGGUGUUCUCAAGGCCAUCCUCGACCGCUCAAAGAUCAACCCUGCUCUCGUCGAGGACCUAUGUGUCGGAACCGUUCUCGCUCCCGGUGGCGGCGCAACUGAGAUGCGCGCCGCCAGCUUGGUCGCCGGUUUCCCUGAAUCUAUUGCCGUCCGAACCCUCAACAGACAGUGCUCUUCUGGUCUCCAGGCUACCGUCGAUGUCGCCAACCAGAUCAAGACUGGCAUGAUCGAUAUUGGUAUUGGUGCUGGUGUUGAGAGUAUGUCCCUGAACUAUGGCCCUGGCGCUGUCUCCGAGUUCUCAGAAGCCUUUGAGAACCACCCCGAGGCUGCCAACUGUAAGGUGCCCAUGGGUGUCCUCUCUGAGCAGAUGGCCAAGGACCUCAACGUCACCCGAGCUGCACAGGAUGCCUUCGCUGCCUCAUCAUACCAGAAGGCUGUCAAGGCCCAAAAAGCGGGACUCUUUGACGAGGAGAUUGCUCCUCUCAAGGUCAAGUUCGAGGACAAGGAGGGUAACACCAAGGAGAUUACCGUCUCCAAGGAUGAUGGUGUCCGAGAUGGCAUCACUGCUGAGUCUCUGGGCAAGAUCCGCCCUGCUUUUGCUAAGGACGGUUCUAUCCAUGCUGGUAACGCCAGUCAGAUUUCCGAUGGUGCUGCCGCUGUCCUCCUCAUGAAGCGAUCUACUGCCGAGAAGCUUGGACAGAAGAUCCUCGGCAAGUACGUUUGCGCCUCGAUUGUUGGUGUCAAGCCCCUUCUUAUGGGACAGGGCCCCUGGAAGGCUAUCCCCAAGGCUCUCGACCUUGCCGGUAUCUCCAAGGAUGAUGUCGAUAUCUGGGAGAUCAACGAGGCUUUUGCCAGCCAGUGCUUGUGGUGUGCCAACGAGCUGGGUAUUCCCCAAGAGAAGAUCAACCCCAAGGGAGGUGCUAUUGCCUUUGGCCAUCCCCUAGGCUGCACUGGUGCCCGACAGGUCUCUACUCUUCUAUAUGAGUUGAAGCGAACAGGCCAGAAGGUUGGCGCAACAUCUAUGUGUGUAGGAACUGGUAUGGGUAUGGCCGCCAUCUGGGUUGCCGAGUAG